UCUGCUGACUGGUGAGUUGACGAGUAAUCGGUUUCUUUUGAGUCCGCUUGCAUUGAAAUAGCCCAGGAAUGUUCCCUUUGCUCCCAAGUAUAUACAUCAUACGGUGUGUCAUGGGCCAGACUCCAUCGCCACCUAGAGGCAAAGCGGGGAACUGCAGGUACACUCACACAAUCAGCACGAUGGACCACAGUGGCAGCAUCCAUUGAUGAAAAACAGCCUUCCUCACUGAGUCGUGAUGAGCUGAACACACACACACACACUCAGGGAGUGACAGAGAGAAAGAGAGAGAGAGAGAGAGAGAGAGAGAGAGAGAGAGAGAGACCAGCACUGUCUGUGCAGCAGGAAAACCGACAACCCCGUCGCCUACACAUCACAUCCGGACCGGAUCCUCUGGAGGCAGCAGGGUCGGGGAUGCAUGAGGCUCCGUCUCCCCUCGGUGCCGCUUGAGAUGAGGACGAGACGACGACGUGCUCCCGCGGUGACACGUUACAUUAGAGCUGCCAGUUACUGCCGAUGACAACCUGAGGCUGAGUCGAUCCCAUCUGACCGAGGAAGAAGAUCCAGGCUGUCCGUCCGUCCGUCCGUCCGUCUGCUGUCAACUGUUGCUUAUUUCCACUGUAAAUGAAUCUUGUAAGGUAUAUGAACAACCGUGUUCCUCCUAACAAGAGAUACCAGCCCACAGAAUAUGAGCAUGCUGCCAACUGUGCUACACAUGCGUUAUGGAUAAUUCCCAGUCUGCUGGGCAGCUCCUUGUUGCACUUCCACUCGGCGGACCAAUGGGAGCAGCUGUCGGCCUGGGUGUACGGAGCAGGGCUCAGCUCGCUCUUCAUCAUCUCCACCCUGUUCCACACUGUGGCCUGGAAGAAGAGCCACUUACGGUCUGUUGAACACUGUUUCCACAUGUGUGACAGGAUGGUCAUCUAUUUCUUCAUUGCUGCCUCCUAUGCCCCUUGGCUAAACCUGCGGGAACUGGGUCCCUGGGCGUGUCACAUGCGCUGGCUGGUCUGGGUCAUGGCCUCUUUUGGAACCACCUAUGUCUUCUUCUUCCAUGAGAGGUAUAAGAUCAUGGAGUUAAUCUGCUACACUAUGAUGGGUGUGUUUCCUGCCCUGGUCAUCCUCUCCAUGCCGGAGCAGUCGGGGCUGUGCGAGCUUCUGGCGGGCGGAGCUUGCUACUGCCUGGGGAUGGUCUUCUUCAAAAGUGAUGGCAUCGUCCCAUUCGCUCAUGCCAUUUGGCACCUGUUCGUUGCUAUGGGAGCAGCCAUACACUACUACGCCAUCUGGAAGUACCUCUAUGCCGAGGCGCCCAACCAGGUCCAGACCGCCAGAUGACAUCAGCGCUGACCUCACAGGGAGUAGCUCCUGUGUUUGAGCUACUUCAAUGAGAGGUUGCGAGCUGUGUUCAGGUUCAGAGGCUGCUUCAUUUGGUGACCAUGUGCCUCCUCCAAAUCAUAUUCAGUGUAACCUCACAGAGUCAGCUCAUGAAGUUAAAUACAUCAUGACUAAGGGCCGAGUCAUACCUUCUGUCUGUCAUCGGUCCAUUUCCUCGGGACACAAUAGUGACUGAAGGUGACUCAGGUGAGCAUCACCAUCCUUUUUUGUCCACGCCUUCUGGUGGACAGUGUUUAGAGAGAUUUAUUGAGUGAAUCGUCCCCAGUGGGAAUUACACUAAUGCAUUAUUUACAUUCUACUCAAGCUUGGGCACUGGUGGCCACCUGAAGUCAAAUACCUCAUUUAGAUGAUGCGGUUAUGUGUCACUUCCCAGCUUUACGAGUUGAUGAGGAUAUCUGAACACACCAUUAAGCCACUGACCGGCAUGAAAUAGAUUGUAGGACGCUGAGAGUCCCAAAGCAAACACUAGUGUAGGCUAUAUUUGGAGGAGACUUUGCUAUGAUACUGCCCAGUCAGCGCUCAUUGUGAUGGAUCUGGACUUCAAAGGAGGCAGCCUGUGAAAUGAGACACAACUUUGGUGCACUUUGAUUUUAAUUUCACAGUGUUUUGGCAGGUAUUUAUUUUCAUUCCAAUAAUCAGGGGUUAAAUUGCUAUUCUUGGAGCUUUCUCUCUUUGUGGUGCGUGUCCAGUUUUCAGUGCUCAGAAGCUGAAUUGAGUCUUAUUGUGAAAAGGAAGACAAUGUUUACAAUUAAAGCUGCUGUCAGUGAUGUCGUCCCCCCGUCCCCACCACCCCGUGUCCCCUCAUGAACACAUCUGAUGAGGCGGGCAUUGGAGUUCUGGUCUCCUGAGUGGAUCAAAUGUGGGAUGCUUGAAUUGCUUCUUCCCGAUUUACCGUCAGACUGAGAGAAUGAAGGUCUGGGAAACACUGCCAGGGAGUCCAUGAAAAGCUUCCAUAUUCAUCCAUUGAAAUGAUCAUGAUAUACUGUGCAUAGUCCUACAUUGUUACUGUUUUUACUUCAGAGUACACUGAAUAGUAAAUGGUUUACAUUCAAAUCAAAUAAUUGAGGGAUACAGUACAUGAGGGAGUCCUCAGAUUAUUUUUCAUCUUGGAGCCUUGAGAAUGUAGAGCUACUGUAUUUAACUUACAUUUGAAAUAAAAGGCUACACUGACAGCAGCUUUAACUGACUUGAAUAUCUUAAUUAGGGCCAUUUUUUAAAGUGUUACCAUUGUCAUUUAGCAGAAGGUGUUAUUUGGAUUAAUUAGGCUGCAACAUCGUGUCAAUUCAGAGCAUUGGAUAGUAUCUUCUCUGUUGUUAUAAGUUUACACUCUAUAUGGUUUUAACAGCAGUUGCUUCAGUCGGUAAUUUACUGUGAUUUCCAUAUGAAGCAUGACAGCAGGAUGCUAUUAUUAUUAUUAUUCAUUUUUAUUCAUUUUUUUUAUGUUGACUAAUAUUCAUGGUGUCAGUCUUGAAGACUUUACCUAUGUGCUUCCAGCUUUACUCAGCUCUGCUUAGUAGAUUAUCUAGAAUAUUUACUGAAUUCUAAUAGUAAACUGUCGUUGGUUAAUAAGUGAAGAUGUCAUCAGUGCAUAUUUAUACAGUAUAUAUAAUCUAUCAAUGACGUACAGUAUAUGUUGACUUCACCUAUAUUUUCUUCUUUUGACGUACUUAUAGUGUUAGCCUAUGAUCAUCUUCUUCACCGCCGUCUUUAAUGGAUGGGACCCAUCUGUCAAAGCCACAUGGUUGAACCUCAGAGGAGGAAACCACUGUCUGAUUCAGCACUGCCAGGAAAAUCACCUACUGCCGCAACUAAUAGCACACUUCCAUUUAUACUGUAUGUCUCACACUUGAAAGGAAACUGAAGCUAUAGUAUUGUUGAACAAUCUGGCCCAAUAUUAAGGCAUCUCAGGUGUGUGUGUGUGUGUAUGAAAGUGUGUUUGGGAAAGUGUGUUUGUUUUUGUGGUUGUAAAUAUACACUAUCUGACUCACAUGAAUCCAAAGCCUAUCACUGGCUGAAUCUAUGUUUACACGUGAAUGCAUGUACCUUGAACACAUACGUUUGCAUUUGAACAUCUCCUGCUUCUAACAUGUCUGAAAGAAAUACUUUUUGAAACCUCUGCUCUCCUAAGUAUGCAGGAAUUGUGCGUUGGUGCUUGCAAACGCAGCCUGGUCACAACGAGUUGCACGGAAUCUCCGAUAACGGAUAGCGGAAGUAAACUAGGGGUCCGACUUUCUAUUUUUGUGCGCCACUUCCGGUAUGAACUUAAAUUAGCUUUGUUAACUAUCGAUAACAUCGAUAUGACAGAUCAGUUCCACAUCGGCAUGAGGACGACAUGACGUACAUGAUAUAACGUGUCAGGAUAACGUAUGAGGAUAUUUUAAAUGAUUUUGUGCUCUCACUCGGUGUGGUCGGUUGAAUGAAUGAAUUAAAUGAAAUAAUUCAUCAAUAAAGGUAGCCACUAUCAUCCGGUUUUAAUUGCAUGGCUCGUUUUUGCUGGGGUUUCAUACCCAAACCAUGUCUACAUUGACAUCCCGAUUCUUCUUUAAAUUUAAGGCUUUCAGCCACAGCGUGUUUCCUUGAAUGAUCAAAACAUUCCCAUUCCAUUUUAAGCCUUUAACUUGU